CUUCUCCGCCCGGCCCCGGCCCGCGCCACCCCAUCCCCAGCCGCCCCCGCAGCCCCGACCUGGGGGGAGCAGGGAAAGUUCUCCCCCCUGCUCCUCCCACCCCUUCCCGUGCCCGCCGCGGGGGCGCGCAGCUUUUGUCACCCUGCGUGGGGACCCCCGGCAGGAGGGAGCCUCACCCCGGCUAGGGAGCACUGGCUCUCUGAGGACACUCAUUCUAUUCUGAAGUUGUCACCACUUCUGCUCAGAGAUGCUGCCCCUGCUUUGGCCUCACCAUGUGGAUUCUCCAGGGCCUGCUUGUGCCUCCAGGGUUUGAUGACCUGCAAGCGUGCGCUGAUCCUGGGGCUCCUGAAAAUGGCUACAAGAUACCCAGUGCAGGUGUUUUCUUUGAAAGCGUGGUGGUCCGGUUCCAUUGCCAAGAAGGAUACAGGCUCAAUGGUACUUCCAAAAAACUUUGUGUGAGACACUUUAAUGGCUCCCUAAGCUGGAAACCCAGUGAUAAACCUGUGUGCCUACAAGAAGUCACAGAUUGCCUUGUUCCACAUGUUGAAGAUGCAGAGGUUCAUAACAAGACAUACAGGACUGGCGAUAAGUUAAUAAUCAGCUGUCAUGAAGGAUUCCAGAUCCGUUACCCUGACUUAGACAACAUGGUUUCCAUAUGCCAAGACGAUGGAACAUGGGAUAAUCUCCCCAUAUGUCAAGGAAAGAUGUCGCUUCCCGAAGAUUCCCAUGCUUAUAAUACUGCUUUAAAUACUGAUUUUUUGUUUGCAAAUCUCAAACCUGACACAGAUACACUGCAUCCAAAAGUAAAAAACAAUCAAGGUUGCCUGAGGCCGUUGGUUCUUCCUCAUAGUUACAUUAACAUUUCUGAGUUCGGGGCCUCUUUACCCGUAGGAACAGUGGUGUAUUAUCAGUGCUUUCCUGGAUAUAAACUAGAAGGGGCAGAGAUCCUUGAGUGCAUGUAUAACCUUAUCUGGUCAGAUAGCCCACCUAGGUGCCUUGAUGUGGAAGUUUGUCCACUACCUCCAAUGGUGAGUCAUGGAGACUACAUCUGCCACCCACGGCCUUGCGAGCACUACAACCAUGGGACAGUGGUGGAGUUCUACUGCGACCCUGGUUACACCCUCACCAACGACUACAAGUACAUCACCUGCCAGUACGGAGAGUGGUUCCCCUCCUACCAAGUGUACUGUGUCAAAACAGAACAAACCUGGCCAAAUACACAGGAGACCCUCCUGACUACAUGGAAAAUAGUGGCAUUUACUGCUACCAGUGUUUUAUUAGUACUGCUACUGGUUAUUUUAGCCAGGAUGUUCCAGACCAAAUUUAAGACACAUUUCCUUCCACGAGGCAACCAGGAGGGUUCCAUGGGCGACCCUGACUUUGUGGUGGUGGAUGGUGUUCCUGUCAUGCUACCUUCCUACGAUGAAGCUGUCAGCAGUGGCUUGAAUGCCCUGGCACCCAGAUACUCAGCCACUGCAGACCAGAGGCAUAUUUUGCAGACAGAAGAUCAGAAUCCCCCUGCUUACCCCAGUCCCAGGAUUCCAGACACGCAACCCAAUGAAUUUGAGACCUGUGACAGUAGGUCGGAUUCCUCUGAACUGCUCCAAAGUUUGUACCCAUCCCUGACAUGCCAAACGGCAGGACGUCCCAGCUCAGAUCGAACUGAUGUAUCCCACAGCACUUACAGGGACACUGUAUCCACGAGUCCCCAGAUUGAUAUCACAGACGAGAUUCCCUUGAUGGAAGAAGACCCUUAGCCUGCACUGAGUCGUGUCCUCAUCACAUUGUACUGUUGGGUGACAUGAAUCAUGAGGAUUCAGAGAUAGAAAAGACUCUCUGUGGAUUUGGGGAGAGUGUUUUCCUACUUAUCAAUCUUCCAUGCGGUGAUGUCACCGGGUUGGGCGUAUGUCUUAAUCCACAGUGGGGAUAACAGCAUCAGCAUUCGGAACAGCAGCAGUUUUAUGAAUGAAUCCUGGGGAUUUGAUAAGAGCAGAUGUAGAAAAAGAACAGUGGCUUUUUAGAAGUGAAAUGUAUAUCUGCAUCGCAGAAAGUCAUAUGGCUCUGUAAGAAAUGCUAUUGGAUUUUGAUACUAACUGCCUCACAAAAGCAUGUCAAAAUAUGUAAAUUUAAAAAUAUCAGUACUGAAACACACACAAAAAAAAGAGGAAAGAUUCUCUUUGGCUUUCCUACGAUAACCAGGAAGUUUUUGAUUUAGUUGUUGGUGAUUUUGCUUCAGACCAUGUCUGCAGAAAAUAUAACAGAAGUUAUGGGAUUCAUAUAUACUUUGAUGUACAAUAGCUUUAAAUAUAUAUAUAUAUAUAUAUAUAUAUAUAUAUUUAAAAACUCUUAAAGAGAAAGAAAAGGAAAGACUCCCAGGUCACAUAACGAUCUGGAGAUUUUUUUUUCAAAGGUAAGGCAGAAUUUAUAUCAUAGACAAUAUUCAAAGUAAAGUAUCAAUAUUUGUAUUUAUGCAAGACUUCUGUGACUACAUUGCAUUUCAUAAAUCCUGCUGUAAUAUAAGAGAUCUAGAAGAUGUUAAAAUUAUGAAAUACAUCUUAAGAAAUGUCGAACUGCUCUGCUUCAAGCUUUCUUAAGCUCUUAAAUAUAUAUAAAUAUAUAUAUAUAAAAAUAAAUAUAUAUAUAUAUAAAAAAUAUAUAUAUGCAUAUAUGAGAGUAAUCUACAGUCAUAGCUCAGAGCACUGCCUUGUCCCUUGUCAUGAUCCAUCCCUAUGGACAGGUUUCAUGAUGGUUCGUAAGGGAUCUCAGGGUUCAAAAAGAACCGACACGGUACAAGGGGGUUUGCAAUUAUAAUCAAAACAAAUGCACCUUUACUGAAUAACCACAGCAAAAUGCAAUAGAGGGAUUAAGGGAGAGAAAGAUAGAGAAAGAGAGAGAGAAAGAAAAAGGGGAAUAUAGCUACCAAACAUAGAGAUGAAGUCCUUAGGUCCAGUCCAGUCGAGGAUCUGCCUGUUACGUUGGGGAGAUCUCAGAGAUGCAGUCCAUCUGGACUCAAAUUAUACACUUUUUGAUGGGGGGAAGGGAGAUUAUUUCAAAACUGAAUCUAUUGUAUCUUCUGGUAAAAAGAAUGGUAUUUGGAAAAGGGGUACACACAGUCCAUAUCUCAGUGGGCAAGGGCCAUUGUUUUCGUGGUCCAAUGCCCGCACCUGCAACAUCCAUCUUGCUUUGGUCAGCUCGCCUCCCCCCCGCACUUCCCCGAGCUGGGGGCUUCAGUCCCAGUCCUUGGGGAGUGUGAGGGAGGCCUUUCUCACAUGGGGAUUUCUCGGGUUUUUCUCUGGUGGAGAGGCUUCUGUCAUCUCAGCUUGUCUGUCACGGUGGCUGUAGAUGAACAAGAGGGGUCUUCUGUGGGGGACCACCCAAAAGCUCAGGAGAAGUCCAGCCAGGCCAAGAGGUGGGACAGCUUCCACGGCUAUUGUUGCAAAAAGGGCACAGUGCCCCCUUCUUCUCAUUGGGCUCAGUGUAGCAUGCAGCAAAUGCACCUGUGAAAACAAUAGCUUAGCAAUGCUCUCAAGUCUCAGGGCCUUUGUGUAACUUUCUCCUACAAAGCCAGAGAUUUUAGACAGGGGGGGUCUUUUCUUCAGUGGUCCCCCAACGACAGUUGUGAGGCAAAUUGAAGGAUAUUUGGGACAGACUCUCACAUCCCUGUACACUGUGGUAGUAUUCUGAGCCAUUAUUGUAGAAUACUUUUUUUUAAAAAAAUAAUAAACCUGAUUUCAGUUCUUUUGACUUAUCUGA